AUGUUUGCCCCUGUCAACUCCAAUCUGGUGUUCCCUUUUUCAAGAGCGCCGGAGGCCACGCACGUUAUUUUGAUUGCCCCUCGGGCCGCUUUGCAGCAUAAGGUUUGGCUGCUUUGUACGAACGCUGGGGACAGUGACUACUCUCUGGACCACCUCGUCAUGAAUUUUAGCAGGCGGGGAGCUGUUCGCUGGGACGUUCGGCAGUGCCACCAUUUCUCGGCGAACAGUUGCGGCCAAGGUGGCCACGGGACGAUCUUUGGAGGUGUCUCGCUCCUGCCGUUGUACGAUGCGCACAGAAAGCUCAUCCCUUUGAAGGGGGAUGUGCUGAACAUGAACAAGGUCCACAACUUCGGACGCGUGGCCGUCAAGAUUUGGGACAAGCUGGACUCGGGGAUGGUGCGUCGAGAGGUCGACUUCUUGCAGCAGUCUGCCGGUCAUCCAAACAUCUCUGCCCUUUUAGGCAUCUACGCGGAGGCGCAGAGGAAGAAGUCCAGUGUGGUCUGGCUUCUAGUGAUGGAGCACUGCACGGGAGGUGAUUUCUUCGACAUCAUCAAGGAGAAGUAUUUGUCGAUUGCUCGCAUUCUCGACAUUCAAGCCGGCUUGGCGUCAGCGCUGACGCAUCUGCAUCGCUUGCGCAUCGUUCACCGAGAUGUCAAAGCCGAAAAUGUUGUGAUGCACAAGGAGCAUGCUGUGCUCAUUGACUUUGGCAUUGCGGCCUACCUUGAUGACCAGGAAGCCAUGUGCCGCCCUGUUGGGUCUCCCGGCUACGCUGCACCGGAGAUCAUCGCUCCGACUCCGCGGCUCUAUGACGAGCUGGUGGACGUCUUCGCCCUGGGAGUCCUGAGUUACUUUAUGAUAUUUCGAGCGCUGCCAUUCUGGGCCGGCACGCACGAGGAGAUGUUGGAGAAGACCCGGCAAUGUGAGGUCGAAAUCCCAGAGUUGGACGACGACAGCAUGCGUCCAGUCGUUUCUUUGGUGCUGCGGAUGUCCCUCGCCUCGACCUGGAAGACAUCGCUGGUCACAAGGUUCAUUCUCAAUUUGAGCUCGCCGUGUACUCUUGAUGUCGCCUAUUUCCAAAUCGGGCGAGUCGACUCCCAGGAGCACAUCAGUGGCAAGAAACGGAAGAUAGCGAAAAUGGGUUUGAUGUCCAAAGAGGCUGCAGAUCGGCCGAGCGUUGCCCGGAGAGAAGAUGCCGAUCUCUUGAGGGCCGUUCUGGAUCCACGGCGGGUUCGAGUGUUCAAGAGCCUUGCAGAAGCCGUGGCAUGCUUCAACGAGCUCCGCGAAAUGGCGCCCGAAGUGACGAAGUCCCGCAAGGAUUCUGAGGAUUUCAUGUGGGAUAUGUGGGAUGGUGAUGAACAAAGGUCGCGCCUUUGCGUAGGAGACAUCAGCCUGGAUGAGUUUUCCGAGAACGAGGGUGCGGACAGGUCCGAGGUACCACCUUCACCAACCAACAACAUCGACGUGUCUCCUGUGCCGACGUUGCGCACACCCGCGGCACCGGCGCAGACGGUCCAGAACCUCAAUGCUGAGCGGAGUUGGGAGUGUGCUGAGUUCGGCGAGGAGGUCGCCUUGGAAGUGGUCCUGAUAGUGCAAAUAAAGGGUGACCAUGAAACGGUUCGACCCAAGGUCGGCCAGACGGUGUCCAAGGUCUUCCGGAAUAUGGCUCACUUGUCGGAGGCCUCAAUGUCGACAGCUGCGAAGCCAUCGCAAAGGAAUCCGUCGCGCAGCAGGCAAAGCAGCGGGGAGAAGGCGAAAGAGAACGAAUCUUCGGUCGUCACCUCUCGGCAAUCUGGGCACUGCUUCGAUGACACGGAUGGAUUGGGAGUUUUGCCAAGCUCGGCCAAGCAUGCACAGGCAGAGGCGGACGCUGGGCCGCAGCAGGAGGACAGCAGCUUCUAG